CCAAUUUGAGCUACAUUGGAAGCCCAGAACUUGCCAAAUACACCUUUCAACUACUUCAGAAGACUACACAGAUCACCUAUAACAUCACCUUAAACUCAGUUUCUACCAGAAACCCACGUCUAUCGUCCAUUCAUCGUCCGUCGCCAUGUCUCUCUUCCGCAAUGUCCUCCGUACAACCGCAACCACCAUCCGCCCUUUUCACACAACAACACGCUUGCAGAUGCCGUAUAAGCACGAUCAGGACCGAGAAUCUUUGCGCCCAGUUGUGAAUGAGAACACAAAGUCAGGAACGGACGAGCAAGUUGCCUCUGAGCACGCAGACAUCGCCUUUGACCCUAACACGACACGGCCUGAGGAAGCUGCCGACAAGACCAGGAAGAGGACCAAAUCUAAGGGUCGAGAGGGAGAAGACGCCCUGAAUGCGAGUGGUGCGAACCAAAAGCUUAGCACACCCAUGGGUGAUGAGAAAACGAUUAAGACCAAGGGUGCUGGAGAAGAGAUCUCAAAGGGAGGAUCUAGCGGAGGUGGAAGUGCGCCCAAGAAGGGAGAUCUGCCCAAGGCCAAGUAAGAAGUGGGGAAAUGAAGCG